AUGAGGCGCGCGCGUAGCGUCACGGGCCCCUUGCGGCGUGCUCACCCCGCCUCCGGUGCCACCUGGAAUGUCCAGGUAGUGCGUGGUAAGAUGAGCUCACAGUGCCUUUGGCAUGCUUGUCGUGCACUAUCUGCUGGGUUGCUGUUGAUGCUGCUUGGUGGAGCUAUGGCCGUAAUUGGUUAUUACGCAGAUACGUUGUCUGUAGCUGAAGAGAUACGUGGUAACGCUACCGUGUCCGUCAAAGAUGAAGCUCGAGGUUUUCAUCUCAAUAAUUUGUCCUACGCUGGGCCAAUCGUGAUGGGAUUUGGAGGCUUUAUUGUGGUGGCAGCCUGCGUGAUGACAUUUGAAGCUCGCGACAGUGCAGCGAAAGUAACACCAGCGAGACCACAAACACUGCCGCGCCCUAUACCUAGACGGGGUCCGCCUUGUACAGCACCCGCGCGACUCGACCAGCUCGGAGUCUACCGCCUGCCACAUGUGCUUCCCUUGCCACACGCAUUGCCUCUAGCACCGCUGCCACCAUUUAGACACAGACCAUCAUCACAUACCAGAAACGCAGCUGAUGAGAGAGGUAAAGGAAAGGCGCGUUUCGGAUCAGCGCCAGAUUUGCGUAUUGGUAGCACCCGCGCCGCUCUACCAGUGAGCGCUCUACGGCGUCCUCUACGCCGCUACGCGCUCUCCGUAGACGAACCGCCACAGUCUGCAGUCAGUGCAAGUGCAGCGGACUCGGAAUGUGGAUCACAGUCUUCGUUGGCGCUGGACUUGCACGGGAGCGGUGCGUGUGCGGGCGUCACACUCCGCGUACGCGAUAACACUCGGAGACGACCUCUCGCAAGACAGCAACGACUUCGGGACGACACGAUUCAACCUACACCGGUAGAUAGUAUGAACAACAUUAACGUAAUACAAGAGUGCACAUCCGGAACCAGCUGGGAGGAUACAGGUGACAAUACAACAAUAGAAAUGACGCAUUUGUCUGUGGACAAUGAGAUACGGGCGUGCAGUGCCCCUCCUCCUGCAAACAGUCCGCCAUCUACGCCGCAUCCUGCCGAUACCUGUGUCACUAUAUUCCAGGAAGACGACAAAGAUAUCACACACGAACCCCCUUCGUCGUAG